UACAAGUUUUAAACAGCAAAAAAGCACCCAUAGAGGCUGGUAUUUCAUUUUAUAUGGAAAUUCAAGCCAAAUUAGAAUUUAAUUUACCAUUAUUAUCAUAUUUUUUGUCAUGGGCUGGUGUCACAGAAAGAUGGCUUCAUAAUUUUCAGUAUAAAACAAAUAAUGGUUCUCCAUUCAAUUCAGAAAAUUCAAUCAAAUCCGCCUGCUUAUUCCUGGUUUAUCCUUUUAACUGCAGAAAUAAUUAUCCUAAAUCACAAAAUAUACAUCCCUCUACAAUCAUAGCCCUCAAAAAACGUAUCAUAACCGAUUUCAUUACCAAAACGCUUGAACCAAAUCUACAAAAGUUUGGUCCAGUUUUUGAUUCCGUCACAUGUCAUCGGGCUCUUUUAUCGUUGAGCAGAUGUGGAUUUGAUGAUUUGAGGGAAUUCAAAAACACUUUUUACCGGUGUUUAAAAUACGCCAUUAUGCAACAAAUGACUGGAGGUUCCCCAGACUUGAAUAUUUCUUUGAUAUCUUCCUUCUGUUUUUCCAAUCGAGAUUUAUGUCCCAAGAUAGGCGAGAUGGGUUGGAAAUUUCUCAAAGGUCACGAAGAAAAUUGUGAAACUACUGGAGUCAUCGUUGGUUCCUUUAUAAAAGAUAUAUUAAAGGAAGAUAUGAGCUUGGAUCUUGGAAAGCUUAUAAAUCCUGCAGAAAAUACAUCGAAAAGUGAUUUAGGUUUCCAGGUUAUACAAGAACCUUUAACCAUAGCGCUUCUCGGCCCCAUAAAAUUUUACCAGAAAAGUGAUUCUUUAAAUAUCAAAUUCGAUUCAGAUAUCGAUAGAGAUUAUAUGAAAUCGAGAGGUAUGGAAGCUUUGGAGUUUCUUGCUUUUGAUCAACCAACCUACACUAGCAUUUAUCCAUCUUUGGAGUACACCAUCUUACUGAAAGAGUAUCUUGAAAAUUUGGAAUCAGGAGAAUGGCGUGGAACCUUUACCUCAAUUACUAAUAAUGGUCAAUGUAUGAAUUGUAAAAGCUUUUUAAAGCCGUUGAACAUAUCUCACGAAGAUUUUGUUGGCAUGCGGAAGAAAUUCUACAAAGUAGUCAUAAAUGGUCAAGAUAUUUUUCAGAAAACUAACCCUAAAGAACUAGAUCGCUUCUUAGAAUUCAUCAAAAAUCAUAAUUACGAUGUAAUUAUAGACGCCCUCAACUUAUGCAUGAGUCAAGGAUAUGACAGCAAAGCUUCGAGAAUAAGAAUUUUGAAAAACGUGAUUGACUAUUUUACGAUCCUCAAGGGUUUAAAAGUGGCUAUAUUCGGAAGGAAGCAUAUGCUAAAUUGGGAUACUAGAAAUGAUACUUUUCACUCUCUUUUCAAAAAACAUCCUACAUUUCUCACCGAUAACAUUUCUAAAGACGAUCCAUUCUUGAUAUAUGCCGCCAUGCACGCCGGAAUGGGGACUAAAAUUUUGACGAAAGAUAUGUUUAGGGAUCACAAAUAUUUACUGGGAAAUCAUUCUAAAACAUUUGACAUGUGGAGAAAAAUGCACCAAUUGUACUUGUUGAAGGUUAAACCCAAUGGGCAAGUUAAUACACUGCCCACCUUGAAAUAUUCCAUAAAAUCACAAUAUGAUCCCAAGCAAAAUUCUUGGCACAUACCAUACCAAUCCGGAAUCCCCCUUAAAGUCUACGAACACAUGAACACUUGGCUAUGUUUAAGCAACAGGAUAAAAACUAUAAUUUGAGUCAUAUGAUCCUAAUUGUUUAUGCUUAUGAAAAUUAUAUUUAUUUUUCUUCUAUCAUGUGAUUAAUUAUUGUUCGAAUAAUGUUAUAGAAGAUUAUUUUUAUACAAAUAAAUUUUUAGUAAUAAGA